GCCACGAGAAGAGGGGAAGGCCUGCAGGUCUGCUCAACGUUUAGUUUGCUUCUCACCUGGAGGAGGUCAGCAACACCUCGGCAAGCCCUGCUGCUGUCCCCGAAUAUAAACCCCCCUUUGUCGGGAGGAGGCCGAUCUGCCCGAGCCGCAUGAUCAGCAUCAGCUGACAGCACUGGGCACGGACCCAGGGCAGGAUAAGCAGUUAGCCGUGGGAGAUCAGCCGGCCGCUGGGCCUGCCUCUCGACCAGCUCCAUUGUUCCUCAAGGAAAAAUGAGUGCCUGGCCCUCGCCUCUGCUCUGGAGCUUGGCCACGACGUGUCUGACAGGUAUUGCUUUAGGCCAGCUGACCACUACCCAACUCCCUGUUACAUCAACCCCGCUGCCUCCCAGUGCCACCACGACCUAUGCCUCCACACCCCCAGCUGCUGGGGGGGUGACCACCACUGCAAACCUCAUCACGGCCACAGCUGUGCCAUCUGCAGACCCCAGCACAAAAACGCUUGCUCCAGCUCUGCCCACCACCCUGCCAGUGACCGCACUCACCUCUGGGAUCGCGACCACCUCUCACGCACCCACAGCCACAUCCACCAGUGCCUCGGCCACCCCUCCAGAUGUCACCACGUCUCCUGGGGAUCUGCCAACAGCUCCGUCCCUCACCACCGCUGUGCCCUCAAACUGCAGCAGAGUGAAUGUGACAGCCUGUGCACCUUGCUCCCCAGGGACGUUUCCCAGUGAUGAUGCCUGGAACUGCUCGUGCUGCACAGGGGGCUCGUGCACGGACCCCGGUGCCUGCGUUCCCUGCCCGGUGGGGCACUACCAGCCCGCGUGGGGACAGCAGCAGUGCCUGCCGUGUCCGCAGGGACACUACGCCAAUGCCACGAGGAGCACCAUGUGCUCGCCCUGCCCGCCCGGCCAUUACACGAACGAGUCUGGGGCCGCAGCCUGCAGAGCGUGCCAGAAAGGUAAAGUCUGAGUUUGGUUCGUAUUCAGCCCAGAUGAGCUCACAAC